AUGGGGAAAGCAGCCAGAGAGCAGCUGAGUCGAACCCUUAAUGAGCACCUGAACACUACCCAUGAGACCUUUCAGUUGUUGGAUCAAACACCAGCUUCAUCUCUUGAUAAAGUCAGCUGGAAUGAGAUUGGGCAGCUUAUAGAAUCCUUAUCCAAGGCAUCAAUUACAAGGAUGGCUACAAUUGGCCACAAUGGCCAUAUUUUACAGGGUGCAUUUUGGGUCUUUAGAGCUGGCACAGUUGGAAUGCUUUGGACUGGAGAAACACCAGAAGUUAAAGCACUCGAAGAGAACAUGGCAACAUACUUCAAUACACUACAGGGUUUCCUAUUACUUGCACAUGGAAGUUCAGUAGGUGCAGGACCUACCCUUUUGUCUAGCAUCCAUGCAUCCGUGAAACAAGUUGUCGAUUGCAGUUUUAUGUUAUUGAAAGAGUCUGUCUCUGCCUAUGGAUCUCGCAGUAAAGACCAGAAACUCUCAAUCCCGCAGUUGGUAGGUACAGUCUGGGAUGCUUGUAGUGCCCUUAAGAAGACUCCUGCUACCAAUAUCACUGCAAUCGGGCGAGCAAUGACGCAAGUUGCAGUUUCCAUGAAGGAUGUUCUCCGGGAGAUGGAGGAGCUUAAGCCAGCUUCAUCUGACCCAGUAGAUGAAGCUUUGGAUGAGACCUCUAUACAACCUGAAGGUGAACCCCAUGAAAGUGAUGAUUCAUGUGGAGGAGAUUUGGGCAAUGACCUGUCACCCGAAGAGAUUAAAAUUGCUCAAGUUGCUAUUAAUGUUGUGUCUGGAACAGUUGCAGUCAUAAAGGAACUUAUCCGUUCCAUCACAGGAUUGCUUAAGCAGGAGAAUUCUGAUAACAGCAGUGAUUUUGUGAACUCUUUGGAGGGACUGUUGAAGCUCUGUCAAGGAAUUGGCCAACAGAUUGAUGAGCUUGGGGCUUGUCUUUACCCUCCACAAGAAGUUCCUGCUAUGAAAGCUGCUUCAGAAAAAAUGUCCAGCAUUCUUGAUGAAAUGCAAGUGGAGUUGGAAAAUCAUAAAGGCUCUUCAGAAGCUUUCCUCAAAGCAUGCACUGAUUUAAGGAAUUGGUUGAGACAACUGGAAUCUGAACUAGUUUGCUCCAGUGCUACUGAUCUAGUGCCCCAAAUGGAGAAACUUUUGUUGAGCAGUUAG